UUCCGAGAGUGUUUUUAAUCAUAUUAUUUUUUUUCUUUUUUGAAAAGGACGACAGGCUAGUACAAUAUCAUAUUGUGAAUUGCCGUUGACGCAGUAUUUUGUACUCGAAUAUUAUAAUAUCUACUUUGAGGAUUUAUGGAUUCACCGUGGAUUAUCAAUCCCAACGUUACGUAUUAUGUGUCCAGAGUUUUCGGGUUUCUGCCAUUAGUCGGAAAAGGCAGGGUUAUCAUAGCAUCGCUGUACUCUUUAAUAAUGUGGAUAUGUUUGGGCUUGUCCGGAAUUUACGUGAACUUGUACCAUUUCAAGAAAAACCAAAACGUAUUGCCGCAAUUCAGUAUGCUAACGAAGGUGAUUUUUAUCGAAGUGCUAACCAAGUUCAUCGUGACCAUUUUUAGCAUCGUGAUUUCAGUGCACAGAAGUCAAGGUUAUAACCGGCUGCUAAAAAAAUUCUUCAAAUUUGAUGAUUUGGCAUCGAGUAUGCCGGGUCCGCCGGAUGUGUAUAUUCAAGCAUUCUACUUGCUGCACGCCUUGUUUGUUGGUGCCCAUAAUUUCGUUUGCAGUUGUUAUUAUACGAGCAUCCCUGUAUAUAUAUUGCUGUUAUGGAAUCUAUUUUGCUCAUCGACUACACUGGUGAUCGUCCAAUACAUCGUAUACAUCCGGAUGUUAAGGGACAGAUAUGAGUUGGCCAACAAAAUUUUCAGAAAAAGUGCGUUAAAUAAUUCUUUUCCUGAUACAAAAUACAUUCAUCCCAAAGAAUUGAACAAAUUAUUUACUGAACUUCGUGAACUGACGGAGGAAGUAAAAAUCUAUUAUGCAUAUCACGCAAUACUUAUCAUCAUCGAAACAGUUAUAAUACUUGUAUCAAGUGUGACGUCAUUGACAGUUAACUAUCUUAACGAGUUGGAUACAGAAUUCGUCCAUAAUGGAUAUUUCAUUGGGCACUGUACCUUGAGAUUUAUAUUUUUGUUUUAUUUGGUUCGAGAAACCCAUAAAACUAUACUCGAAGCAAAAAACACUGCUUUGAUUGGUCACGAAGCAUUGCAUAUUACAUCAGACAUUGCUAUAGUGAAACACUUCGAAAUAGUUAUACUUAACUGCUGGAAUAAUCCGAUUGUAUUUGACGUAUACGAUUUCUUUGAUUUGAAUUACAAUCUUCUUCAAUCGAUAAUAGCAUCUGUAGUGACAUACGUAGUCGUUUUGGUUCAAAUACAGUCGGUGAUCAUGAACAUGGAGCCUUAACAGUUUUUACUCUUACACAAAAUCUGUAGAUAAUAAUAUUUAUUAUAUAUUAGGUAUAAUAAAUUAUUAUAAUAAUAAAUGUAGUAAUGUGUUUUAAUAAAAUGUAACCACUAACCACUUACUUAUUAAUAUUAUUAGUGAGUUAAAUUGAAUUGAAUUCGUAUUUAAAAUUUAAAAAAA